AUGCCUCCUCCUAUCCUCUUUUCUCCUUGGGGACAGGCCGUCUCUACAGCAAAAAGAAUCGCCUCAAGUGUAAACUCUUUCAUCACUCGCGAUACUAACACAACAGAGAUCCAAGUCGAAGACCAAGCCGGGGCUCAACUCUUUGUGGUAUUGAGACUUAUUGGAUCUGAUAGGUGCCCCCUUUGGAGCUUCUGCAUCUACAAUCCCAGCAACCAUGCCUGGAAGACGUACGAAUCUUGGAAGGGAUGCGACCAAGCCAAUGAUAGUGUUCUCACUGCCCAUGUGCCGCAUACUGCCAGAAAAGGGGACUGCAGUCAGCAGUAUGUGAGGAAUGCCGUCCGGAACUUGGUCAAAGCGCGCUUUCUGAAAAUGUGCCAGGCCAAAGAAGUUUUUGACAAGAUUGACAAUUGCUUUGGUGGCGAUGAGCUGCCACCUCAUAUUGGCCAGAAACCCUGCGUCAACUAA